CAGCUGUCUGCGUUCUUCCGAACCUUGGACGCAUGCGCUUGGCGAGAGUUCAACAUGGCGGCAUAUUUGGUUUGCUUGACGACUGAUGGUGGCAUUCCACUGUUCACUAGAACGAAAGGAAACCUCCCACAGUUGCCUUUUCCUGUGAUUGGAUCACUUAAUGGUGUGUGCAUGUUUGCCAACAAUCAAGAUGUCACUUUGCUUAACACAGUCACGGAUGAUGCUAAAGUUGUCUGGAAGGUUUUUAAUGAAAGGAUCACCUUAAUAAUUGUUGCCUCUGAUGACAAUGCUAGUGAUUUGCAUCUUAAUAGACUCUUAGAUUUUGUCUUUAAUUCCAUGGUUUUGUUAUUAGGAAUAGAUGAGUUGACAUCUUUCAGAAAUGUAGAACUGCUAAAGAGGGAAUUGAGAUGUUGUUAUAGUUUGAUUGACAGUCUCUUGGAAGGCACAGAGUUAACAGGAAACAUUACUCAAGCUGUUGAUAUCAUUCUUUGUCCAGAUGUGUCAUUUCUACAGGAGUUUCUGGAUGCUUUUGCUACAGCAGUCAGCAGUGAGUUUGGAUGUUUACUUGUCAUGGGAAAAGUGGCUGUAGCAACAGAACGAUGGUGGGAGUUAACUGGCAUGGAGACUGUCUUAUUGUCAUUGUUGGUUCAUUCCUUACCACCAUGGUCUUCUCGUGAUAUACCUAUAUAUCUGCCAUAUGGUAGUCCAAAGAUUCCUCACCGGUUGUUAACAUUUCAACUCAUUGAAGGUGUGGAGGUAUGUGUGAUAUGUGGGCCUAAACCAACACUUCAGGAUGCUGAAACCAAGUUUUUGGACCAGUAUUGGAGACUUGCUAUUGAUACACUGAAAACCAGUCGCAGAUCUCAUCCAAGAAAUCUCCCUGGUGAUAUGGUACUCGAUAGUGGAAUCCUAGGGUUUGUGCUGGUGAACACAGAUGAGCACAAGAGUCUGUCUAGUGUUCAUCCAUCAGGGGUGCUAACUGGUGUGGAUCAAGGAAGUACCUCAGGAAGUGGAAUGUCUACAGCUAAAAGAAAGUCAAUUCUCGUGUCAUUUUACAAGUCAGUUGUUGGUACUCUAUUUCCUGUCCAGGAGCCAAAUACCUCUGAACAAGAUUCCUCCAGUGGUGUGUAUCACCAAGCCAUGGAGACUUACAUAUGUGCUAGUGAUCAUAAGUGUUAUGCAAUCCGUACAGCAACACAUGAACUGUUCUUAUUGUUUUCAAAUGAAGUACCAACCUAUGCUCUCGGAUCUCUAACUAGUGCUACACUUGCUCUUCUAACCAAAGGCAAGCUGGUAUGACCCUGGGUACUCACCAGUCAGACGUCAUCCACUGCAACCUGUAUUGCUGAUCAUAAUGAGUCUUCACGAGAACUUUGAAGAAUCUCGGCAUCUUUACCGCGAGAUAUUCCUUCGCCAAAUUGCAACCUGCUACUGUUGCACUAUCUUCACUGGUGCUCUAAGUGUAGCAAAGUCUCUGGCAACUGUAUCAUGUGAAAGUCUGCCAAUUUACACGGAUAUGUGUCGAGUGCCUGUGUCAUAUGUACAGAAUUAGUGUUUAUAUUCGCACAGUUAUUAAAGCCGUCUAGAGUGAACACGUAUCUUUGUACAGAUUUUGAAUGAAAAACAAAACAAUGAAAGUUCAAGGUAGAGCUUCAACGAUAUUAGCGGUUGAUGAAAUUUAGACAUAUUUUUUUGUUUCCUUUCUGGAAAAGAAUUUUUGAGAAAAAAAUUUAAAUGAAAAAGGCUUCUUAAAAAGUCACCAAAUCAAAGAAAGUCUUUUCCAACUUUUUCUGUUGUUGAUGGAGAAGUUACUUAUUAAAUGUUCUCACCUCUCUUGCGUGUAAAAAUCGCCUUACUUUCCUUUCCCCAUACUAAUGUGUUAACCAAAAUAUCGUAUCGAUGUAAGUCGGCGAUUGGUCAUUCAAACCGCAUGGCAUGACCUUUUUUUUUUUAAUGUGUAAUCAUGCAACGGGAACGAUUUGAACACCUACUGAUGUAUGAUCGUGUAACCAUCACUAUAGAAUUAAAGGAUUUGAAACUGUUA